AUGGCGGUGUCCGCGCCGCCCGUCAUCGCCGCCACUUCCAGCGGCGGCGCGGGGGGCUCGGGCGGCUUGUUCCGGGCGGACCCGCUGUACUCCAGCCCCGCGGACUCCCCGCGCCUCACCAACAGCCUCGUCAACUCUUUCCUCGGCGGCAGCGGCGGCGGCGGAGGAGGAGGAGGAGGAGGAGGAGGCGGCGGCGGCGGCGGUGGGGCCGGGGCGGGCGGCGGCGGCAACGAGUGUAAGAUGGUCGACCUGCACGGGGUGAAGGUGGCCUCGUUCCUGGUGGAGGGGCAGGAGCUGAUCUGCCUGCCGCAGGUCUUCGACCUCUUCCUGAAGCACCUGGUGGGGGGGCUGCACACGGUGUACACCAAGCUGAAGCGCCUGGAUAUAUCGCCCGUGGUGUGCACGGUGGAGCAGGUCCGCAUCCUGCGCGGGCUGGGCGCCAUCCAGCCCGGCGUCAACCGCUGCAAGCUCAUCACUAGGAAGGACUUCGAAACUUUGUACAACGACUGCACCAACGCCAGCUCACGACCAGGAAGACCCCCCAAGCGUUCCCUAGGAGUUGCGAUACAAGAAAAUGCACGUCUUCUGCCCCAUGGAGUUCCAGGCCUCUUAUCACCAGGACUUAUCUCUCCGACAGUGUUUUGUUCUUUUUUUCCAGAUGUAAGAACUUUGUUUUUUCCUGAUGAAACCCAGAUAAAGUUUGCAAAGCUCAAGGCUCUUCAAAUCCAAGGACUGACAGCAGCUGCCAUGGCAGAGGCUAUGAAGUUACAGAAAAUGAAACUAAUGGCAAUGAAUAGCCUCCAUGGAAGUGGAAGUCAAAAUGGAACAGAAUCAGAAAAUGAAGAACUCAACUCUAAUGCAGGUGGGAGUGAAUCCUCCUGGGAUAAAGACAAGCUUCAGUCUCCCAUUACAACAGGAUCCCAGCACAGCAUUGGUCAUCCCACACUGUCGGGACAGUCGAGCCUUGGAAGCGCACACCCACUCAGUCCUCUCCAGCAGAAUCACCUGCUUACCAACAGGAUAGACCUGCCGUUUAUGAUGAUGCCCCACCCUCUGCUACCCGUCAGCCUACCUCCUGCUUCGGUUGCAAUGGCAAUGAAUCAGAUGAACCACCUCAAUACAAUAGCUAAUAUGGCUGCAGCAGCCCAAAUGCACAGUCCUCUUUCCAGGGCAGGGGCCUCUGUUAUAAAGGAAAGGAUUCAAGACAGCCCUUCUCCAGCUCCGUCUCUAGAAGACAGUCAGCGGCCUGGGAGCCACGCUUCCUCCCAUCAGAGCAGCAGCGUGUCCAGCUCACCCUCCCAGCUGGACAACACUCCAGACAGAAUUGCUAUGUUGACCAACAGCAGGGAAGGAGAACUCAUUGAUCAAGAAACUGGGACAAGCCUAAAAAAAAUGCAAAAGGAGAAAGAAGAGGUCCAAAUUGCCAUUCCAAUAAUGAAACCAACCUUAGAUAAAGUCCAACUGGCUGGACAGGCCUUGCCUCCUGGAUUUCCUGCGCCAUUUCUUUUUGCUGAUGGUCUUUCAUCAGUAGAAACACUAUUAACCAACAUUCAGGGCCUUCUGAAAGUGGCUGUGGACAAUGCCAGAGUCCAGGAAAAGCAGAUACAGCAGGAAAAGAAAGAGUUAAAGAUGGAGCUUUGUAGAGAGAGAGAACUAAGAGAGAGCUUGGAAAGGCAACUUACAGCUGAGCUGCAAAGCAGAGCAACAAUUCAGAAACGCUUGAAGAAAGAAAAAAAGGCGAAGAGAAAAUUGCAGGAAGCUUUGGAAUUUGAAUCAAAGAGAAGAGAACAAGUGGAACAGGCGCUUAAACAGGCCACAUCAGGUGACGGUCUCAGGAUGUUAAAUGAUGCUGGAAUCCCAGAUAUGGAAAUAGAACACAACGGAACCCAACACGACAGUGCAGCAAUGCAAGGUGCAAGUCAAGUGAAUAGUCCUAAGCACAAAGUAAGUGGGGCAGAAAACCAAAUGGCACACGUCUAUGAGCGUGUAACAGCGCAGCACCGGGCACCCAGGCCUAGGCCUGGCAGUGCUCCCAGCGGCAGCAGCACAUCAGCUGCACAUAGGACAGCAGAGAGCACGCCUGUGGCAAAGGGGCAAUCGGAAAGAGCGAGAGAUUAA